GGACGGGAUAUGCCGCAAAGGCCCCCACUAUUGGUAAAUUUUUUUUAGACUUUGUCGCCGCUUAUCAGACUGCUGCCGAAAAAGCAAACAAACAAGAAUACCAACAAAAACAAGAGCCAAAGUGUGAAUUAAAUAUAAAUAAGCAACGCAAAGCCACCAAGAAACUGAUAACCAAUUUCGGCUGCUUUGACGGGGGGUCGCGCCACAAUGUUGUUUUUGUUGUUGACACGCAAAAGAGAAGAUUUAAUUUGAUUCGUACCACAAAAGCCGGCUGGUACAAGCGCACACUAUUAUUAUAUAAUUAGUUAGAGGGAAAGUGUCCUAAAUAACAAUCGUCCAGCCAUGUCAUCGAUGUGUUUGCUGAGGAAAGCUACAAAACUGUUGUUGAUGCGGCAACGAUCCCAGGCGGCGGCCAUUGUUGGCGUUUGUCGGAAUUUUGGAGGAACAGCCAGCGAAGAGGAGCAGAGCAAACAAAGAGGGGGGGAACAGGCUGCCAGAAGUAUACUCUAUGGAGCACUAACAGCGGGCGGCAUUGGAGUUGGAUACUUCAUAUUCGACUACUUGGCACAGCAGCGUCUAGGAAGUGACGAGCCUUCAACCAAAUCCAAUGCCAGCAGCUCGACCGUGGCCGCUCCUGAGCUGGACGAUAAGGCGCUCGCCCGCUUGUGGCACAAAACAGCGCGUGACGAGCUGCCCACCUAUGCCCUCGAUGAGGUGCAAAGCCACAAUACGGUCGAGACGGGCAUUUGGGUGACCUAUGGGUUGGGCGUAUACGAUGUGACCACAUUUGUGGACAAUCAUCCGGGCGGUGAUAAAAUUCUAAUGGCCGCUGGCAGCGCUAUAGAUCCCUUCUGGGCCAUCUAUCAGCAGCACAACACUCUGCAAGUAUUGGAGCUGCUCGAAAGCUAUCGCAUCGGCAAUUUGGCCAAGAGCGAUGUAGUGUCUGUCGAAGAUCAGGGUUCGCCCUGGGCCAAUGAGCCGAAACGCCAUGCACUGCUAAAGCCAGCCGCGGAGCGACCCUUCAAUGCAGAGCCGCCCCUGGGAAUGCUGGCCGAAAAAUUCUACACGCCCAACGAACUCUUCUAUAUUCGAAAUCAUUUGCCAGUGCCCACACUCCAAGAUGACGACUAUGGGCUGGAGAUUGAGAUUAGUGCUGGCAAACAUGCUGGCACGGCUGAGCGCACACUCAGCUUUGAGGACAUCAAGCGACUGCCCAAGCACACGGUCACAGCGGCUAUUAUGUGCGGCGGCAAUCGUCGCUCCGAAAUGACGCGCGUCAAGCCAGUCAAAGGUUUGUCUUGGGGUGCUGGCGCUGUGGGCAAUGCUAAAUGGUCAGGAGCGCGUCUCUCUGACCUGCUUGUGGCGAUGGGCGUGCAACCUGACGAGCGGCUGCACGUAAUAUUUGAAGGUGCCGAUCUGGAUCCCACUGCACAUCCCUAUGCCGCAAGCAUACCGCUCUCAAAGGCACUCGAUCCCCGUGGGGAUGUCAUACUGGCCUACGAGAUGAACGAUGAGCCGCUAACUCGAGAUCAUGGCUUUCCCAUACGUGCAAUUGUACCCGGAGUUGUAGGGGCCCGUAACGUUAAGUGGUUAACCCGCAUUGUGGUGUCCGAUCAAGAGUCGGACUCACAUUGGCAGCAGAACGACUAUAAGGGCUUUAGCCCGAGCACUGAUUGGGACACGGUCGACUUUAGCUUGGCGGCAGCCAUACAGGCGAUGCCCGUCACCUCCGCCAUCUGCACACCCAUGCCGGAUGAGCGGGUACGUGUAUCAGGCGAUGGUCAUAUAACGGUACGUGGAUAUGCCUGGUCAGGCGGCGGACGACGCAUUGUGCGUGUGGACUUGACAGCCGAUGCCGGCGCGACUUGGCAUGUAGCCGAACUGGAACAGGAGGAUCUGCCGGAUGGUCGCCACUACGGCUGGUCGCUGUGGACGGCACGCAUACCAGUUAAGGAGCAACAGAAGGAGUUGGAAAUCUGGGCAAAGGCCGUCGACUCUGCCUACAAUGUGCAGCCAGAGUCGUUCGAAAACAUUUGGAAUUUGCGCGGCGUCCUCUCUAAUGCCUAUCAUAGGGUGAAGGUAAAACUAAUACGGGAGGCUAAAUAAAGGCUAAUGCUGAA